AUGGUCGGCCCCAAUCUCGCUCUCCUCUCGCUCUCGAGCGCAGCGCUCGUUACCGCACAAUCCUUCCAGUCCACGCCCGUGCUCGGCUGGAACUCAUACAAUCAGGUUGCAUGCAGCCCGACGCAAGACGGCAUCACCAAGGCCAUCAACGCGCUUGCAGAUCGCGGAUUCGUUGCCGCAGGCUACAACUACUUCCAGAUUGAUUGUGGAUGGGCUUCUCAUGACGGCCAGCGUAAUGCGUCCACUGGUGCGCUGAAGAUCGAUUUACAGGUCUUUCCGAAUGGACUAAAGCCCUUGAGUGAUUUGGCGAGGAGCAAAGGCAUGAAGUGGUCCAUGUAUUCAGAUGCGGGCGUGAGGAUGUGUGAUACCACGGUGCCCAGUCCUGUACUAGGAUCGUUGGGACACGAGGCUGUGGAUGCCGAUCUCUUCAAGAGCCUGAACACAGAAUAUGUCAAGUACGACAACUGCUAUAUCGACGGCCCCAACAGCAACCAAAACGCACCAAAGGACCCAAGAACCGACUUCCCGUCGCGCUUCAAUGCUAUGUGGAAGGAGCUGCAGCGAGUCGGUAUUUCGGGUAUGUUGAUCUGCCAGUGGGGAACUCCAUACUCUUCUUCCGGAGGUCUUCAAGGACCCAAGGAUUGGACCAAGGGGAUCUCGACAUCGUUCCGUCUGUCAGACGAUAUUGCUCAAGGCUGGGGCAACGUAUACCGCAUCUACAAUCAGGCUGUCCACAUUGCUGCGUCUGGCGCUAUUGGACCCGGCCACCUCGCCGACGCCGAUUUGCUCGAGGUUGGUAAUCAAGGCAUGACUUUUGAUGAGCAGGCUACGCAUUUCGCAGCGUGGGCUAUGCUGAAGUCCGCUCUUAUGAUCUCGACUGACGUGGCGGCCCUAUCGAGCGAUGCUGUUAAGGUUCUGCAGAACAGAGACUUGCUGGCCAUCAAUCAAGACUCAGCCGUGAAGCCUAUCACGCUGAAGCAGCGCUGGACCUCAGACCGCGAUCUCUGGAGUGGCGAUCUUGCGAAUGGCGACGUAGCCGUCCUUGCCGUAGACCUCAGCAACGCACGCCGUACCCUCACAGUCCAGCUUUCCUCCCUGGGCAUCGAAUCUGCAACAAUCAAAGACCUGUGGUCUGGCACAACAACCCAAAAUGCCGGCUCUUACUCCAAGCAAGUAAAUGCCCGCGGCUCUCUCGCCCUACGCUUGUCCAACAUCAAGCGCGCCUCCAACACCCCACAAUACAACUACGUAUCUGCUUCAACCGGCUCCCUCGCCUCCGGUGCAAACAUCCAGUCCUGCUCGGGUUGCACUUCCACAAACAAGGUCGGGAACGUCGGUGGCGCAUCGAACGGUGCGCUCACUCUGUCCAACAUCCGCACUAGCCAGGCCACUCAGGUUGUGCGCUUCGACUACAUCAAUUGCGAGGUCGGUUAUCUAGGUGGCAGCAACAACGAGCGCUUGGCAUCGAUUAGUGUCAAUGGUGGUGCAGCGAAGACAGUCAGUUUCCCGCUCACGGGCUAUAACUGGGACAAGGAUAUAUUGAAGAGCUAUGCCGUUGAGUUGAGUGGAUUUAGCACCACUGGAACAAACAGCAUUGUGAUCAAGGGUGUCGGAAGUGCAUAUGCGCCUGAUUUCGAUAGGGUGGGUAUUGUUGCAUAG